AUGUUGUUUUUUGUGUUGCUCAAGUUAUGCUUUGUUGUCGGUCUGGGUCUGAUCUUACUCUCAACCUUCUUCCGCGAGCACUUCCUGGGCGAUUCAAAGCCGCGGCCAGACACCCUGGAAGAGAGAGUCAACAGGAUAUUGUCAGAGACUCCAUUGAUUGAUGGCCAUAAUGAUCUUGCGAUCUUGAUCAGGUUCCUCUACAAUAAUCGUAUUUAUGAGGAGAACUUCACAACACCGUUUGAGCUAGGUGGGAUGCCUGGCGAAGUCGACCUCCCUCGACUUAAAGCGGGUAAAAAUGGAGGGGCUUUCUGGAGUGCUUACGUUCCUUGUCCGGCGAAUGGAAGUGACUUCUCUGACGAGAACUAUGCUGAGUCUCAGACUCUCAAUCGAUAUAUCCCGGCUGCAUACCCCUUCACGUUGUCCAUCAUUCUCUAUAUCACCCAUUCAUAUACUUACUUCACACCAGCCGUGGCGUUCACACUCGCCCAAAUAGACGUCCUAACACGUCUCCAAUCCGCCUACCCCACCCACUUCUCCCUCCCACCCAACUCCAGCACCGCCCUCUCAGCCUUCAAAUCCGGCCUUCUAAUCUCUCCCCUCGCUAUCGAAGGCCUCCACCAAAUCGGCAACUCCCUCUCCAACCUCAGGCUCUUCCACUCCCUAGGCGUCCGCUACGCCACCCUAACCCACAACUGCCACAACAUCUACGCCGACGCCGCGCUCCUCGAGAUCCCCGGCGGCACCAAGAAGGCCCCUCCGUACUGGGGCGGCAUCUCGCCUGCCGGCAAGCAGCUCAUCCAGGAGAUGAACCGCAUGGGCAUGAUCGUCGACCUAUCGCACGUGAGCGUAGCCGUGAUGCGGGACGUGCUGGGCGGCUCCGAGGGCUGGGCCGGCUCCGCCGCGCCCGUCAUCUACUCGCAUUCGUCGGCGUACUCGGUAUGCCCGCAUCCGCGCAACGUGCCAGACGAAAUCCUGUACCUGGUGAAGAAGACCAAUAGCGUGGUGCUGGUCAACUUCGCGCCGGAUUUCAUCAGCUGUGUCGAGAACCCGGAGUCUCCCGUGGGGUUGCCUGAUACGGAUCAUGAGAAUGCUACGUUGCAGCAGGUGGUUAAGCAUAUCAAGUAUAUUGGGGACUUGGUGGGCUAUGAGCACGUGGGCUUGGGAAGCGACUUCGAUGGGAUCCCGAGUACACCCGAGGGAUUGGAUGAUGUGAGUAAGUUCCCGGACUUGGUGGGAGAGAUGUUGAAGCAGGGAAUUACGGAUGAGCAAGCGAGCAUGGUGGUGGGCGGGAAUGUGUUGAGGGUUUGGGCAGAAGUUGAUAAGGUUGCGGAAAAGAUGCAGAGGGAGGGGGUGAAGCCUGUAGAGGACAAAUUGCCCAGCUUCGGAUCGCCAUAUUGA